AUGCUUUGUUGCAUGCAGCAUUGGACCUUUAUUCUAUUCAUGAUGUAGCAAAAUAGCAGUAAAUAAAAGUAAUCAUUUUCGAAUAGUAGUUUUAUGUGAUGGAGAAGAUAAUUUGAAUAAACACUAUCUUAUGAGUAAUGAAUAUGUUUACUAGUCAAAACCAUAGAUAAUUUAAUUGGUAUCGGUAUAAUUUAAAUUUGAAGCCUAAUUAUCUUGAAGAAUUAUAGUAUUUAUGCUGAUGCAUUUAAAAAGGAUAUUUUUAUUGAAUCUGUAUAAAUUGAAGAUCAAACUAUUACAUCCUAAUGA